UCGAUUUUAAGCCGCCGCCGACAUAUAUAGUGUCAGUCGCCGCCGCCGUUAAUAUUUGUCGGCGCAGGGCUCCGGCUAGCAUCGACUUGGUCUGUACUUGUAAACGUUGUGCUGCCAUCGACUUGGUCUGUACUUUAUUAUAGAUAUUGGAAAUUAAAAACAAAAAUGACGAUUGGGAAAAAUAAUAAGAUGAUACAACACCUAAACUACCGGGUGCGUAUUGUUCUUCAAGAUUCGCGUACAUUUAUUGGAACUUUCAAAGCCUUUGAUAAACACAUGAAUCUUAUUCUUGGAGAUUGUGAAGAGUUUCGAAAGAUUCGUUCUAAAAAUGCAAAAGUCCCGGAAAGAGAAGAAAAACGAGUAUUGGGAUUCGUGUUAUUGCGAGGAGAAAAUAUUGUUUCACUUACUGUUGAAGGACCACCGCCACCAGAGGAGGGUUUACCCCGUGUUCCGCUUCCAGGUGCUGCACCCGGCCCUGGUAUGGGUCGCGCUUCCGGUAGGGGUGUGCCUGUUAAUAUAUCUUCAGUUCCGGCAGGCCUACAAGGUCCAGUACGUGGUGUUGGUGGUCCAGCGCAACAACAUAUGGCUCCUAUGGGCAGGGGUGUACCACGAGCACCAAUGAUGGGAGGACCACCACCAAGUAUGAUGCCAGGCGGAAUUCCACCAAUGCCUGGUGCUAUGGGUCGCGGCGCUCCACCACCAAUGAGAGGUCCCCCCCCUGGAAUGUUAAGAGGUGCACCACCGCCAGGUAGAGGUGGUUAUUAACAUUAAUAUAUUAGAACCAUAGCUGUAAAAUAAUGAUUAAUAAUCGUAAUCAUUAUUAAUUAGAUUAUUUUUAUUAAAUAGGUACGAUUAUUUUCAAUUUUUUUAAUUAAUUGUUGAUUACGAUUAAAAAUAAUCUAUAAAUAAUCAGGGAUUAAUUGAAAUUAAUGAAAAUAAUCAAAAAAAUAGUUGAUUAUUUUUAAGGAUUUAUUAUGAUUAAUUUUGAUUAUUUUCCAUAUAUUUAGUAUAAUUUUCUCCCAAAAGAAAAGUUUUAAGAAAAAUUUAAUUAUUUUUCCGGCAACCCGCUAAAAAUUACGUAUUCUUGAGACUAAUUUCGUAAAGGUUGCAGUAAUUGAGUUGAGAUCAAGAUUUUCAACCCUUGAUAAAUAUAUUAUUUUCAAUAAAAGUCAUAUAAUCAAAUAGUGCGUAACUUGAAAAACAGUUUUCCAUUACACGUAAUGAAAAAAGAUAGAGAAUUGUACCAAAUAUAUUGAAAUUAAUAAAAAAAUCAAAAUUAAUCGUUGAAAAUAAUCAAAUUAAUUAUUUAAUUAUUUUUAUUAAUUUUAAUUAAUCCUGAUUAUUUUUAGAUUAAUUUUAAUCUUAAUCAAUAAUCAGAAAUUUUAUACCAGAAAAUUAAAUAAUCAUUACGAUUAUUUUUGAAAAAUAAUUUAAUUGAUUAUUAAUCGUAAUUGAAAUUUUACAGCUAUGAUAAAACCUAUUCUAGUUUUAUUAUGUAUGUACAAUUUAAAAUAAAUAAGCAUUCAAUCAAUAAGACAGAAAGUCUCUGAUAAACAUAACUUAAUUUUAUGUCAUAGAAUCUGGAACAUACACAUAUGGACAAAAAAUAAAUAUCAGUAAAACUU